AUAGCAUUGAACUUUAAGAAUAAGCUCUCACAAAGGGGUGGAUUAAUCCUUUUGACCUCUAAGUUUUCUUUCAAUCUCAUGCUUGUGAAUCUUUAGAAGGGAAUUCUAACCAAACAUCUUCAGCCACCACAUUGAUAAGGAAAAUGGGAGUCUCAGACAACAAUGAAGUUUUAGUGACAACAAAGGUAGUUGUUGACUAUGAUAGAGCAAGUGAGCUCAAAGCUUUUGAUGACACACAAGAUGGUGUUAUGGGACUUACUGAUGCUGGUGUCACAAAGAUCCCUCUUAUAUUCCAUAACCCCAAAAAUUCUCAUCAUGAUGAAUCUGAUGAUGGUUCAGGUAGCACACAACUCAGUGUUCCUUCAAUAGAUCUUGUUGGUGUUGCUGAAGAUCCAGCUACAAGGAAAGUGGUGGUUGAGAAAAUCAGACAAGCAUGUGAGACAUGGGGUUUCUUCCAAGUUGUUAAUCAUGGAAUACCAUUGAGUGUUUUGGAGGAGAUGAAGAGUGGAGUGAAUAGGUUCUAUGAGCAAGACUCUGAGGUGAAAAGGGAACUAUACACACGUGACCCUUUGAGGCCUUUGGUGUAUAAUAGCAACUUUGAUCUUUUUACUUCACCAGCUGCUAAUUGGAGGGAUACCUUUUACUGCUUCAUGGCUCCUCAUCCACCAAAACCCGAAGACUUGCCAUCAGUGUGCAGAGACAUACUGCUGGAAUAUGCAAAAGAAGUUAAGAAGCUGGGGAGUGUGUUGUUUGAGUUAUUAUCAGAAGCCCUUGAGCUGAAUCCAAACUAUUUGAAUGACAUUGGUUGCAAUGAGGGACUUACACUUGUUUGCCAUUGCUACCCUGCAUGUCCAGAACCAGAAUUGACUUUAGGUGCAACCAAGCACACUGAUAAUGACUUCAUCACUGUGCUUCUGCAAGAUCAUAUUGGUGGCCUCCAAGUUCUUCAUGAAAACAGGUGGGUGGAUGUGUCCCCUGUACCAGGUGCUCUAGUGAUCAACAUUGGUGAUCUUCUUCAGCUUAUAACAAAUGACAAAUUCAAGAGUGUUGAGCACAGAGUGGUGGCAAACCGUGUAGGUCCAAGAGUAUCAGUUGCAAGCUUUGUUAGCACAAGUCUUCAGCCAUCAACAAAGCUUUAUGGCCCCAUAAAGGAUUUAGUAUCAGAAGAUAAUCCUCCGAAGUACAGGGAAACUACAGUGCAAGGCUAUGUUUCCUAUUCCCUGGGAAGAGGCCUUGAUGGGACUUCUCCUCUGCCACACUUCAGGAUUAAAGAUUUCUGAUACAUGUAUAAGGAUUUUAUUAUUUUUAUGGGCAAAUAUUAGUUUUAAAUAUAUUAGUUUUUGUUGAUGAGAGAUUUAAACUCAUAAUUUUUUUUUUGUUCAGUUAACUUUAUAUCUUUGAUAUAUGUAUAAGGAUGUUUUAACAUGAAUACCUAAGAAUUCUGUAGUAUAUAC